CAUUCCGGCCUAUAUAAAGCUAAACCUUGCACAAGAAAGCAUCGAACAUUUAGUAGUGCUUUGCACUAUAGUACUAGUAGCCAUGAUGACGAGAAAGGUGGCCAUGGACGCCAAGGAAGCGGAGGAGAUGGCGAGGAGGAACGCCGAGCUAGAGAGGGAGGUGGCGGAGGCGACGGCGAGGGAGGACCGGCUGCGGCGGGAGCUGGAGGCGGCGCUGGCGCGGCUGGCCGUGGCUGAGGAGGCCGAGGAGCGGCUGUGCGUGGAUCUCGGCGAGCUGGAGGCUGAGGCCCUGGCGCAGGCCGUCGAGUACCAGGAGCACGUCAGGGCGCUCUCCGAGCGGCUCGCGUUCGCCGACGGAGUGCUCAGGGCGUCCGGGAUCCGGAGCGUCGCCGCCGGCGUCGCGGGCAUGGAUUGAUCUAGCAAUAAUCAACCAGUAUGGCAUCACCACACAGCAAGCUCCUUCCUUUGGUUGCUUGUGAGGGAUCGAUGGGUCUCUUAUGCUAAGAUCGUGUAAACUUGUACGUGCACUUUUUUUUAAUUACGUUGAUUUGUGCGUGGCGUCUGUGUGUAAAUUGUGGAAUUGUAAUUAGCUUGAGAUGUAUACGGGGAAUCAAAGAGAUCAGUUGCUACUGGUCCUUCUAGACUUUA